CCUUCUCUUUCAGCGGCCACCAGCGGUCCAGCGCCCCGCAAACCGUCGCCAUGGCUUCCUCCCUGGCCGCCUUCCGCUCCGCAGCCGGCCACGUCCCCCGCCCUCGCAGGCAGCAGCAGAGCGCCGCCGACGGGCGCUCCUCUUCCCUCGUCCGGCCGCUCCACCUCCCGCCGGAGUCGCUGCCCCGUCUCUGCUCCCGAAGGGUAGCCGCCGAGUUCAAGACUGGCGGCACUGACACCAGCACCGGCGAUGGCGGCGGCAGCGGCAGGACGAGGGGAGGCGUGGGCAUCGACGUCGCCGCGGUGGCUGCGGUGCUGCGUGAGGCCAGAACGGCCGAUGAUGUGGAGCUUCUGGUGAACGGCUUCUUGGACAGCGGCGGCGAGGGCGGCCUCCUGCCCCUCCAAGUGUACACAUCCGUGAUUCGGGGGCUCGGCAAGGAGAACUGCCUGGAAGCCUCGUUCGCCAUCGUCGAGCAUCUCAAGCGGCGAGGGGUCGGACUCAACCAAUUCGUGUACAACUGCCUCCUCGGCGCGGUCAAGAACUGCGGCGACUUCGGUCGGAUUGAAGCUGUCCUUGCUGACAUGGAAGCGCAGGGAAUUUCCCCAAACAUUGUGACCUUCAACACCUUGAUGUCCAUCUACGUUCAGCAGGGCAAGACUGACGAUGUCUUCAGGGUGUACGCCCAAAUUGAGGACCGUGGACUUGUGCCGACUGCAGCGACCUACUCGACGGUGAUGUCGGCGUACAAGAAGGCCGGGGAUGCGUUUGCAGCCAUCAAGUUCUUUGUCACGCUCAGGGAGAGGUACAAGAAGGGUGAGCUGGUGGGGAGCCAUGACGAUUGGGAGCAGGAGUUUGUCAAGUUUGAGAAGCUUACUGUCCGGGUGUGUUACAUGUCGAUGCGGCGGUCUCUUGUCAGUAGGAAGAAUCCGGUCGGUGAGGUGUUGAAGGUUCUGCUUGCCAUGGAUGAAGCAGGUGUCAAGCCAGAAAGGAGCGAUUAUGAGCGGCUUGUCUGGGCGUGCACAGGGGAGGAACACUACACCAUUGGCAAAGAGUUGUAUCAGAGGAUUCGUGAGCUUAAUGGGGAGAUCAGCCUGUCAGUGUGCAACCACCUCAUUUGGCUGAUGGGUAAGUCUAAGAAAUGGUGGGCAGCUCUUGAGAUUUAUGAGGAUUUGUUGGACAAAGGGCCGAAGCCGAACAAUUUGUCUUAUGAGCUGAUCAUGUCACAUUUCAACAUUCUGCUGAAUGCUGCAAAGAGAAGGGGCAUUUGGAGGUGGGGCGUUAGGCUGCUUAACAAGAUGCAAGAGAAAGGCUUAAAGCCUGGAAGCAAAGAGUGGAAUGCAGUUCUCGUUGCAUGUUCAAGGGCUUCUGAAACAUCGGCUGCAGUGGAUGUUUUCAAGAAAAUGAUAGAGGAAGGGUUGAAACCAGAUGUAGUUUCCUACGGAGCAUUGCUGAGUGCACUUGAGAAAGGUAAGCUGUAUGAUGAGGCCUUGAGAGUCUGGGAACACAUGUGCAAAGUUGGCGUUAAACCAAACCUGUAUGCAUAUACAAUUUUGGUGUCGAUUUACAUUGGUAAGGGCAACCAUGCUAUGGUAGAUGCUGUUCUUCAUGAUAUGCUGUCAAAACAGAUUGAACCAACUGUAGUAACCUUCAACGCAAUAAUCAGUGCAUGUGUGAAGAACAAAAUGGGUGGCACUGCAUUUGAGUGGUUUCACAGGAUGAAAAUGCGGAGUAUUGAGCCAAAUGAAAUUACAUAUCAGAUGUUGAUUGAAGCUCUUGUACAAGAUGGUAAACCAAGACUUGCCUAUGAGAUGUACAUGAGGGCUUGCAGCCAAGGUCUUGAACUUCCUGCCAAGUCAUAUGAUACUGUAAUGGAGGCAUGUAAAGCUUAUGGUUCUCUCAUAGAUCUAACUACUUUGGGUCCUCGCCCUACAAACAGGGAAGAACCUAUCAGGAUAGAGAAUAACUUUUCGAGUUUUUCUCAUAUCAAGGAUCUGCCUAACAGCACUCAUCACUUUGGUGGCACGGGAAUGUAUGGAUUUUUUAGAUACAGAAUGGCCAGACCAUGAUUGUAGCAUACUACCAAUCCCUUGUACAGUUCUCUUCACCCGCUGAACCCAAUUCAGCAUAAAGAAGUCACUGACAUGUUUGUAAGUUUCCUAAAUUAUAAAAAUUAGAACAUUAGCAUUUUUUUCCAUUCCUCUCGUGUUAGAGUGGGCCUUUUAAACUUGUGUUGAGUAAUUAGUCUGCUUGUCUUCCA